UUGAAAUUUGGACUAGUACUUCUUGAAAAGAAUUGAUAUCACAAAGUUGUGUAGUAUAGAAUAGAAGAUAUUAUGGAAAAAGAGUGUGUUGAGGAUAUUAUGGAAAUUGAAGUCCUUCCUUCAAUGUGGCCAGAAGAUAUUGGAGCUGAUGUUGGAAAGCAGUUCAAUAUAGAAAAGCCAGGAAAUGAUCAAGAUGUGUUAGAAGAAGUAUCAAUCAUAGAUGAAGUUACAACUAUAGCUGAUUUCAAGCGUCUCAUUGAGCUCACGAAUUUCACAGAAAAAGGUUCUUCUCAAUUAGCCUAUCUUAUGAAACAUUGGGAGUAUAAGCAGGCGAGCGUGGCGCGUCUUCUAAGAGAAGAACUCGACAACCUAAACAAACAAAGACAGGAUGUUGAGCUAAGGAAGUUGGAGAUAUUGGAAGAGCAUAGAUUUGAGGACGAAAGAUAUGGAGGAGAUAAACGACCGGUUUCUAUAUUGGAUGAUAUUUAUGAUAUAUGGCAACAAGACGUGCCUUGCAGAAAAAGUAAUGUUGUUGUACAAAAUAAGAGAGUUGAAAUUGAUGCCGAGUAUGAUACUGUUGUGUACUGGAAACAGCGAGCGAUGCACUUGGAAAAGUUGUUGGAGGCAAGUAUUCAAAGAGAAGAGACACUUGAACAAAAGUUAAAAGAAAGUAUCAAGAACAUUGAAAGACAAUCAUCACCUGUUGAAGAACUCUCUCAAAUUCUGAAGAGAGCAGAUAAUUUCUUGCAUUUUAUACUCCAAAAUGCUCCUGUUGUUAUUGGCCAUCAGGACAAAGAGUUGCGGUAUCGCUUUAUCUACAACCACUUUCCAAGUUUGCAUGAGGAGGACAUAAUAGGAAAAACUGAUGUCGAAAUAUUCACUGGAUCUGGUGUUAAGGAGAACCAAGAUUUUAAGAGGGAAGUUUUGGAAAAAGGAUUGCCUGCAAAAAGGGAAAUCACUUUUGAGACAGAACUAUUUGGAUCAAAGACAUUCUUGAUUUAUGUAGAACCUGUAUUCAGCAAGGCAGGUGAAACAAUUGGAAUCAAUUACAUGGGAAUGGAUGUAACCGAUCAGGUUAGAAAAAGAGAAAGGAUGGCGAAGAUUCGCGAAGAGAUUGCUGUUCAGAAAGCAAAGGAAACAGAACUGAAUAAAACCAUUCACAUUACAGAGGAAACUAUGAGAGCAAAGCAAGUGCUGGCAACAAUGUCACAUGAGAUAAGAUCUCCACUUUCUGGUGUUGUUAGCAUGGCUGAAAUUCUUUCCACCACAAAACUUGAUAAGGAGCAAAGACAGCUUUUGGAUGUCAUGUUGUCAUCUGGAGAUUUGGUUCUUCAACUCAUAAAUGACAUACUUGAUCUUUCCAAGGUUGAAUCAGGAGUUAUGAAGUUGGAAGCUACCAAAUUUCGACCUAGAGAGGUAGUAAAGCAUGUGCUUCAGACAGCCGCAGCAUCAUUGCAGAAAAUAUUAACCAUAGAAGGACAUGUAGCAGAUGAUGUACCUAUAGAGGUCAUUGGUGAUGUUUUAAGGAUUCGGCAAAUUCUCACAAAUUUAACCAGCAAUGCCAUCAAAUUUACAAAUGAAGGCAAAGUAGGGAUAAACCUUUAUGUUGUGCAAGAGCCAAGUUUUACAAAAUCUGGAAGCGUACAAAAGAUUAGUUCAGGCUAUUCAACCAUUUCUGUGAAUGUAGUGAAAGAAGAAAGAUAUGGAGUUAAUGAUGAGUGUAUAUCUCUGGUUAAGAGUGAAUGCUCGAUGAACGGAGACACAGAGGAUCAACAUCACUCAAAUGAAACAACAGUGUGGAUAGGUUGUGAUGUAUAUGAUACAGGCAUUGGAAUACCAGAAAAUGCAAUACAUAGUUUAUUCAAAAGGUACAUGCAAGUCAGUGUAGAUCACGCUCGAAAGUAUGGUGGGACAGGGCUAGGACUAGCAAUAUGCAAACAACUGGUUGAGUUGAUGGGAGGUCGUUUAACAGUGUCUAGCAAAGAACAAAAUGGUUCUACCUUCACAUUCAUACUUCCAUACAAGGUCUCGAUCGCUUGCGAUAGUUCUGAUUACUCAGAUGAAUUCUCAGACAUGGAGCAUAAUGAUGCAACUUCUGAUGAUACAACAACAGAAGGUUUCUUCCAAUUCCAACCUCCCAAUUUAGGCCAUAUAGUCUCUUCCGGUGGAGCAAACAGAACUCACAACAAGUUAUUGUCGCACAAAUUUUGUGGAUUUUCUGAGAGUUCAUUCUCAUUUCCCUCUACUUCCAAUGACAACAUAUCAAAAGGAACAUGUUCAGUUGAUGAUUCAUCUUCAUUGGUUGAUGAUUCAGAUAUGUCUGAAUCUGCUAGUUCAUCUAGCCACAAACAUCAUCUAUAUAAUGCUCAUGCAUGGUUCCAGAAUGGUAUUGCAGAUUCUUCUCAGCACAUGGUGGUAAACUCAACUACUCAAUGUGCUUCUAGCAAUAGUAAAUCAGAAGUAACCAAAUCCAUAUCAAAGCCUAAGAUCCUUCUUGUUGAAGAUAACAAGAUUAACAUCAUGGUGACACAAUCCAUGAUGAAACAGUUGGGUCAUAACAUAGAUGUUGUCAAUAAUGGAGCAGAGGCGGUGCGUGCGGUUCAGCGCUGUACAUAUGACCUGGUUCUGAUGGAUGUGUGCAUGCCAAUUAUGGAUGGUCUUCAAGCAACAAAACUAAUUCGGUCUUUCGAGGAAACAGGCAAUUGGGAUGCUGCAAAAAAUGCCGGAAUCGAGCAAAGUCUACCCAAUCGAGAUUAUGAAUAUUCCGCUCCAUCUAAAAAGCGAGUUCCCAUUGUUGCGAUGACAGCAAAUGCUUUGUCAGAGAGUGCUGAAGAAUGUUUUGCUAAUGGUAUGGACUCAUUUGUGUCAAAACCUGCGAGUUUACGAAAAUUGAAAGAGUGUAUUGAACAAUACUUAAGGUGAUAAUACCUUUGUAAUUUCUUCUUGUAUAUAAGAGAAUAAGAGUUAAGGAAAGUUUUGUAAUGAAUGUAUCGUUCUGUCAUCCUUCGCUAGUGCAUCCCAAAAUCAAGGGAGUCUGCAUAAUAUAGUUAUUAGCUAGGAACUUAUGUAUAAAUACUGCCUUGAUUUUGGUAUGCAGUUCAAUACACAUAAGUAUAUGUUUCUCAGCUUUGUCUUUUUCAUUUUCACAUUUUUUUCUUUCUUUCUAUUGCUUAAUCUACACUAGUUAAGUUGGAAAUGCACAUGUAAC